AAACAACACUGCAGGGAAGUAAUCAAUGAAGGUGUGUGUCGAAGUUAGAAUAACUAAUUUAUUCGGAAUAGGAAUGAUUUUUGUAAAAAAAUAUUCGACUAGGUACUGUUCGGAUAAUUAAAUCGUUAUCAAAUAUAUUAAUUAUCGUAUCAUUGAUGUUUUACCAAUGAUGUUUAUCUAGUCGCAAAAGCUGAAUUGGUGGUUAUAAAAAAAUUGACUGUCAAAAUGAGUAGUAGCCAGGGUCUUUCGAAGUUAAAAAAGAAACAUUUUCGAGUGAAACAUCAAAAAGUAAAGCUCUUCAGAGCCAAUGAACCAUUCCUGUCUGUAUUUAUGUGGGGUAUCAAUCAUACAAUUAAUGAACUAAUGCACGUUACCAUACCGGUAAUGUUAUUACCGGACGAUUUUAGAGCCUACUCGAAAAUUAAAAUUGACAAUCAUCUAUUUAAUAAGGAAAACAUGCCCUCCCAUUUCAAAGUUAAGGAAUACUGUCCUAUGGUAUUUAGAAACAUCAGAGAAAGAUUUGGAAUUGAUGAUCUUGAUUAUAAAGAAUCGUUAACAAGAUCUCAACCUUUACCAGACGAUUCUUCUGGUAAAAGUGGAGCGAAGUUUUAUUUGAGUUAUGAUAAGAUUUUUAUAAUUAAAACUCUCACUUCUGAAGAAGUAGAACGGAUGCAUUCGUUCUUGAAAACGUACCAUCCGUACAUUGUGGAAAGGCACGGAAAAACUCUUCUUCCCCAGUAUCUGGGAAUGUAUCGCCUAACAGUAGAUAACGUCGAACAUUACAUAGUAGUAAGUAGGAACGUGUUUUCGAAUCACCUCAGCACGCACAGGAAGUUCGAUUUAAAAGGAUCAACGGUCGAUAGAGAAGCGUCAGAGAAGGAAAGAGAAAAGGAAUUGCCGACGUUAAAGGACAACGAUUUCGUCAAUGAACAAAUGAAGGUGACAAUAGGCGAAGAAGCAAAGGCAAAAUUAAUGGAAACGCUCACAGCAGAUGUUGAUUUUCUUACCAAAUUGCACUUAAUGGACUAUAGUUUACUCUUAGGUAUACACGAAGUGGAAAGGGGUGAGCAAGAACUUCAAAGACAACGUGAACUGGAAGCUGAAAAUCCUCAAGAAUCUGAUGAAAGCGAAAGCGGUUCCGGUUUAGAAAAUCGGACGAUGGGAAUUACGACCCCACCCGAUUCUCCAAAUGCUUUCGGGCAUUACCUCCAUCGCGAACACAGUCUCCAAUACGAAGGUAAAUUUAAUAAAAUUUACCAGUAUUUAGACUUAGUGACAGGUUCGUUCAAAUUUUUCAAAGUAUAUCCACACCUCAAACCGAAACUUAAACGCAUAAGGCUACAAGGUGGAAUCAUACCAGAAUUGGACAUAUACGCAAUUCCUUCAUCGGAAGUAGCGCCAGUCAAAGAAAUUUAUUUCAUAGCGAUAAUCGACGUUCUAACCCACUACGGCGUCAAAAAACAAGCGGCGAAAGCGGCUAAGACCGUGAAAUAUGGAUCGAACGUCGACGGAAUUAGUACCUGUGAUCCGGAACAGUACGCCAGAAGGUUUAUUGAUUUCAUGUCGAAGGCCAUUGAGUAAAAAUCGCAAUUUGCGCUAGUUUUUAUUUUUGAUUUUAUAUGUAACCUCAUGGAUUGGUGGGAUAAAUCUUAAUCUACAUUAUUAAAUAUAAUUUUUCAUCAUGAUAUAAAUGUGAAAUUGUUAUAUUCGGAAGCGUAAGACAAACAGUAUCGAGAAAAGUGAUUUUUUUCAUAGAAAAUUAUUCGUGCUACGUUAUACCAAAAAUCAUAUUAUUUCUUCAAUUUCUUAUUUCUUAGACCUUUUGAUAUCUUUAUGUUCCUAAAUGGUCUUGAUUUUAGGUCUUUUCUAUUUGAUAAUUAUUUUUUUCAAUAAUUUUUUAAAGACAUAAAAAUUGAUGUUUCGACUCCUUUGAGUCUAUCAAAAUAUGAUAUUGACCCUGACAAUUUACGUAUUAAUAUCAAUUAAUAGAACACCUACACCAUGAACAUCAAAAUAAGAAUAAAAUCAAGAUAGAAAUUUAUUUAUUCCUUAGUCCUUACAUAUCAAAAAUAUGUAGCAGUAAUCAAUUAAAUUAUUUAUAGAUUUAUUAGAAUUAACAAGAUAGAACUAUACAUUUUACUUAAAUUAUUUAUAACAUUUUUGUUCUUAUGAAUAUGAACCAUUUCUAAAAAUUAUCUUUUUCGUGUAUUAACUUCCGUUCCAAGAAUUUUUGAAUCUUUAUUAUGUUUUUUCGUGGUUUGUUUUAUUUUUUUAUCGUAUUAAUGACCUUUUAGUCUAUUUUAUAAAUACUGAGAUGUCUGCCCUAUAUAGAUAGCGUCACAAUCAGUACAAGACACUUGAUAUAUAAUAUUACUUUGUUUGUUUUUUGGUGUUUUAGAUUUUAAUUAAGUGAAAUAUUUGGAUAAUAUAUUAUAUCCUUGUAUAUAUGGUAAGGAAAAAUGUUUUAUAUUCUGAUGUUUCGUUUCUGUUUUGCUUUUUAAUUAAUUGUAAUAUCUGUGUAAAAUUUUUUUUGAAUAUGUUGUUUAUUAUCUUUCCGGAUAUUGUAAAUUCUAAUUUAAUUGAUUUCUCCAACAUAUUUGAGAUGUAAGGACUAAGGAAAAAUUAAUUUUAUAUAUUAGAACAAAUUUCUGUUUUCAUUUUAUUGUCAGUGUCGAUAUCAUAUUUUGAAAAAGGUUAAAAGAGGUCGAAACGUCAAUUUUUGCCUGUCAAAAAUUAUUAGAAAAAAAAACUAAUUUCAAAACAGAAGAGACCUAAAAUCAAGAACAUUUAGAAGCAAAAACUCAUAUUAUAAAUUCAAUACCGGUAUAAAGACAUUUACAGGUAAUAUCUGGAAAUAAUUAAUCGGAAUGGUAUAAUUUGUCAACAAAAGUUAAACUUUUUUUGUCACACGAAACCUUAUACCAAAUUUUAUCAAUGGAAAAAAUUGACACUUGGUGAUAUCAAGACAUAUAUUUUUAUAAAAAGUACAAGAAUCACAUUCCUUAAUCUACAAUGAAUAGCUUUGAUUUUCGUAAAUGUUUGGCUUCUGAUAGGUCUCCAA